AUGGAGCUGGAUCAGACGAAGCUCCUGUUCUACACUGAGAGGGAGAAAUCCGAGACCCUCAUCAGGUCCAAAUCGUCUACUGCAGCUCGACUCUGCUGGACCCGGCAGCUCCAACUGAGAGCUGAAGAGGCUAUGAACAGCUACAAGACCGUCCAACACCUGUGUUCAGAGACGCAGGUGAGCACAGAGAGGAUCAGUCAGCUGGACUUGGACUGUGGAUUCAUUCUGGAUCAACCGCUCAUACAGCACACUGUGCAAGGCAUGCUGGGAGUCAGCUGCAGCCAGCAGUUGAGGGCAGCACUGAGGGAGCUCAGGUAUGCGAGCAGGGAGACAGAUUUAAUGCUCCACCCCCACGCUGCUCGACUCUUCACCUGCAGAGAUGACAUCACACAGAGCUACCUGAAACUGAGUGACAUGGUGUCCUGCUACAACCAGGUUCUGAGUGAUGCCCUGCAGGUGGAACUUCCUCUGAUCCAGGACCAGCUUGAGGAGCUGAAGCAGCACCUGUCCGAGCUGCAGAGGAACACCUGGAGAUCUGGAGGUCUGCAGCUGCUGGUAGAGCAGCAGACAGAGCGAGUUUUGAUCUUCCACUCCACAGUGAGCGAAGCCAGAGCCAACAUGGACGCCAUGACACACAUCAUACAGGGCUGGGCGGAGCUUCACCUGCUGCAGCGCUCAGGUGACUCCCUGCUGGUGGGCGGAGCUACAGAGCAGAGCUGCAGAGGCCUCAGAGAGGAGGGACAGCAGCUGCUCAGGUUAACACAGGUGUCCCUGCAGCAGCGUCCUGCUCUCUGUGAACUGGAACAGGAAGUGAUGUCACACCUGGUUCAGGUGAGGAAGGAGGCGGAGCAUUUGAGGGCAAAGCUUGACAGGUACUCGUAUUUGUGGGAGAGCGACAGGAGGGGGGUGAUGGAGGAUUUCCUGACGUACGGCAGACAGCUAGAAGCUGACGAGCUGGAGGCUGAGGUUACUCCGCCCACCCUAAAGGACUUCAGGAGAGAGAUCGAGUCCCUUCAAACACUCAGCACUGAGGUGGCUCACCUGGAUGAUGUCAUCACUCUGCUCGGCUGGCUCCAGGUCAACCUCCAACCUUUCAGAGAGUCCCUGCUGUCAGUCAUUAACGUCUGGAAACACAUGUACACCGGGUACCUGCUGGACUCACUCACAGACAGUGUGCAGCAGGUGAGUCAGCGUGGUAACGAUGAUGAAGAGUCGUCCUCCUCCUCCUUCUGUCUGACAGAAAGCGUGGUCCUGCUGGAGGCUGCAGGAGUGCAGCUUCCUGAGCACCUGGCAGCUCAGAUACAGUGUUGAUGAUCUGAAGAGGAAGCAGAAGACAUUGAACACAUCGCAGGAGCAGCAGUGACAAACGCCACGCUGAUGAUGAAUGUCUUGAGGUGAAUUAAAGUGAGCAGCUUGAAGAUUA